AUGGAGCACAAUUUUAAAGCGAUAAAGUUGCUUGUAGUGUUGUGUCAUAUUUUCGGUACUGUGAUAUGUGUUCAAUCCGAGCAACUAACACACCGAAUAGUUGGAGGCCAACCAGCCAACAUCGAAUCGUACCCAUAUCAAGUGUCUGUACAGGAAUUGAAGGUUCAUAUUUGUGGUGGAUCAAUAAUCACCCGCCGAUGGAUAUUAACAGCGGGACACUGUAUUGACGAUACUAUUCCGCGCUACAUGCAAGUGCGCGUUGGAUCUUCAUUUUACAGUGAGAACGGAACUCUCCACAAUGUUCAAUCCUACCACGCGCAUCCUGACCAUGUACCGUACAGCUGGAUAAUGGACUAUGCUCUUCUCAAGUUGGAGGAUUCGUUAGUGUUUUCCACCGCCGUUCAACCGAUUGCUCUGGCGUCCCAUCCGAACGAUCUGCUGUACGAUCUCGAUUGUGUAGUAGCCGGCUGGGGGCGCACUUUAAAUACGGAAGAAAAAUUCGACCAGCUACGAACGGUGGAGAUUCCGUUGGUUUCACGAACAUUGUGUAAUAUCGCUUACGAAGGGAAGGUCGAUAUGUCCAUGAUAUGCGCGGGUGAUUAUGUUAAUGGCGGUAAGGGUAGUUGUGCGUAUGAUUCUGGAGGGCCGUUGGUCUGUGCUGGUAUACAGGUUGGAAUCGUAUCCUGGGGCAAAGGCUGUGCAUUGCCCGGAUAUCCAGGUGUGUACAGUAGCGUUUUAUACGGAAGAAAAUGGAUCGACAAUGUAAUAAAGAGGGAUGACGAAUAAAAUGUAUCAA